AUCUUUCUUUCCUUCUUGCUUCCUUUUUCAUACAUAUCUCUCCACUUCCUUUCAUAUUUAGUCACCAAAAAUAAACAAACACUAAAAAAGAAGAAAUUCAUCCUUUGACUUUAUUCUUCAAGAUUGAGAAUAAAAAUUAUAGUGAUUUUGAGUUUAUGGGGUUUAAAGGAGGAGUUUUUUUGUGUUGUUUUUGUUUAGUUUUAUGUUCUUUGGUUAAUGGAGGUGAUAUAGUUCAUCAUGAUGAUGUUGCUCCAAAGAGACCUGGUUGUAACAACAAUUUUGUGCUGGUAAAAGUUCCAACAUGGGUUAAUGGGAGCGAAGUAACUCAGUUCGUUGGCAUUGGGGCUCGAUUUGGCCCCACAUUGGAAUCAAAGGAGAAGCGUGCUAAUCAGACGAGGCUUGCCUUUGCAGACCCAGCAGACUGUUGUAGCAAACCUAGGAAUAAGCUCACCGGUGAGGCCAUCCUGGUGCACCGAGGUAAUUGCAGUUUCACCACAAAAGCAAAAGUUGCAGAAGCUGCUGGUGCUUCAGCAAUCAUCAUUGUAAACAACCAAACAGAGCUCUUCAAGAUGGUUUGUGAUCCCGAUGAAUCUGAUGUGCACAUCAGUAUCCCUGCUGUGAUGCUGCCACAAGAUGCAGGAGCAAGCCUGAUACAGUUUCUCGUGAACAGCUCUGCAGUUUCUGUGCAGCUGUACUCUCCGAAACGUCCAGCGGUUGAUGUAGCUGAAGUGUUUUUAUGGCUUAUGGCAGUUAUUACCAUAAUAUGUGCUUCUUAUUGGUCUGCAUGGAGUGCUAGAGAAGCCGCAAUUGAGCAGGACAAGUUCUUAAAAGAUGGCUCAGAUGAUUAUGAUGGCAAGGAGGUGACUCAUUCCAGUGGUGUACUGGACAUCAACACGACAUCAGCACUUCUUUUUGUGGUGGUUGCAUCCUGCUUCUUGAUUAUGCUUUACAAAUUGAUGUCCUUCUGGUUUAUUGAGGUUCUGGUGGUUCUGUUUUGCAUCGGCGGCAUUGAGGGUCUACAAACCUGUUUGGUGACCUUGUUAUCAUGUUUCAGAUGGUUUGAACAUGCUCAAGAAUCGUUUAUUAAAGUUCCACUUCUGGGGCCCGUUUCAUAUCUUACUCUGGCAAUUUCUCCGUUCUGCUUAAUUUUCGCUGUUUUGUGGGCGGUUUUCCGUCGUGUCUCCUUUGCUUGGAUAGGUCAAGACAUACUCGGUAUUGCAUUGAUCAUCACCGUUCUUCAGAUCAUACGAGUUCCCAAUCUCAAGGUGGGAACAGUUCUUCUCACUUGUGCAUUCUUCUAUGACAUUUUUUGGGUAUUUGUUUCCAAAUGGUUGUUCCACAAGAGUGUGAUGAUAGAGGUUGCACGUGGUGAUAAUAGUGGAGAAGAGGGAAUUCCCAUGUUACUGAAAAUCCCACGGAUGUUUGAUCCCUGGGGCGGCUACAGCAUCAUUGGGUUUGGCGACAUAAUUUUACCAGGAUUGGUAGUAGCAUUUUCAUUAAGAUAUGACUGGCUGUGCAAUAAGAGUCUUCGAGCUGGUUAUUUUCUGUGGACUAUGACUGCUUAUGGUUUAGGUUUAUUUGUAACAUAUGUGGCUCUGAACUUAAUGGAUGGUCGUGGUCAACCUGCUUUGCUAUAUAUAGUUCCUUUCACACUAGGCACAUUUUUGAUGUUGAGUGCGAAAAGAGGGGAGCUGAAGCAUCUAUGGACAAGAGGAGAACCAUAUAGGCCUUGUCCGCAUAUCCAGCUACAACCGGCCGAGUAAUUUGACGUUGUACUCUCUCCGUAAUCACAUAUAGCUCUGAUUUGUCAUAUUACAAAGUUAGGGUACAUAUGUUAGUAAUCUGAAAGAGGUUAGAGUUCUCAAAGUCAUAGGUUUACUUAGGUUUCUCCCCGACCUCCCUGCCCGAACGCUGAGUAUGUUGCUGUUAAUGACUGACAAGCGAAGGUGAAAAUAGAGCAUGUAGUUUACCAGUUAUGCGUUUGACUAGAGUUGCAACAAAGUUUUGAGUUUAACUUCUAUACACUGAUAAGUAACUGUUAAUGUAAAGUGGAAUUAGUAAUCUGGAAAAUAAGACAGGUCAUAGUUAUAACAGUGUAAAAGUUGUUAACGUUGUCAGUGUAUACAAGUUAAAUCCUAAAAGAGUUAUACA